AAAGCACGCACAAAGACACACACACGGGGAUGUUUCCAGCAGCUUGAUGACUGAGCUUUAGCGUCAGAGCAGCGGUACGACCCGACACUCCUCAGGGAGAAGAAAGGUCAGGACACUCUUCAUCAUUAUUAACUGGCUCCAUAUAGCUGCACCUGCUUUUACCAUCGACAGAGACUGAGAAGGAGCUAAAUGCGAUAUUAAUAUCCUGGGAAUAUUUUUGAUCACUUUGCCUCCAGCUCUCCAACAUCAGACCUUUCACACGAGGUGGAAAACAGACAAUUUCGCGGUUUGAGGAUUGUGCAGACACUGCUGAUGAUGAUUUGGUGCUUCCAGACUGUACUGUUGUUCAUAGCUCACCUGGUUCUCUCAGACUGGGCCCCGGCUGACCCCCCAACCCAAAACAGCUUCUUCUACAGUGACUACCUCAAUGAAAGCGGCAAUAACGAACUUCAUUUUAUUGGUAUGAAACUCCACGUGGACUCUGCUGAGCCAUCAGUGCUUUCCAUCAGAGGGGGUAAUGCGACACUACAAUGCAGAUUUUGGUAUGAGCCUGUGCCGAGCUUACCAAGGGAGGUCCGGGUCAAGUGGUCCUGGCUGCCUGCCGCUGGGGGACAGGAGACUGACGUGAUCGUGGCUUUCGGCACUCGAUUCCGAAGUUUUGGAGAUUUCAGGGGUCGUGUGCAGCUCCGACAGGAUUUCCCAGGAGAUGCUGCACUUGUGUUGAAUAAACUCUGGCUGAAUGAUACAGGUCGCUAUCGGUGUACUGUGGUGGAUGGACUGGAGGACCAAAGCACAGUGGUUCACCUAGAGUUACAAGGUGUGGUGUUUCCCUACCAACACCCUCGGGGUCGUUACCAUCUGAGCUUCCUGGGAGCCCAGCAAGCCUGUAAGGAGCAGGACUCAACAGUGGCCACCGUCACACAGCUCUUCCAGUCUUGGAAAGAGGGAAUGAACUGGUGCAAUGCCGGCUGGCUGGCUGAUGGGACAGUCCAGUACCCGAUCACGCAGCCCAGGGAGCGCUGCGGGGGAGCCCGCCUCGCACCGGGUGUCCGUCGCUACGAUAGACUUCACCUCUACCCUAAUCACUACGAUGUCUUCUGUUUCUCCUCUUUGCUCCAAGGGAGAGUCUACUACCUUCAGUCCUCUCACAAGAUGAACCUGACUGAAGCUCAGCAUGCGUGUCAGGAGGACGGAGCAGAGAUUGCCAAAGUUGGACAGCUGUACUCUGCGUGGAAAUUCACGGGGCUUGACAGCUGUGAUGCCGGCUGGCUGGCCGAUGGAAGCGUUCGCUAUCCCAUCACCAGACCUCGAAGUAACUGUGGUCCGUCUGAGCCAGGGGUACGCAGCUUUGGUUUCCCACCUCCACAGCACAAGCAUGGAGUCUACUGCUACAAGUUAGAUACUGAAAGAGUGUAGAUCUCCACCCAUCCUUGGUGGGCCAUAACAUUUAAACAUUUUUUAAAAUUAUUAUUAUAACCAACAAGAGGUUUAACACUGUAGACGAGAGCACUUCUGCAGUCAGCAAAACAUCUACAGGUUCACAAGAUGAUGAACAGAAGAAACUUUAAUGCUACAACAUUAAAAAAAAAAAAAAGAAAGAAUCUAAACUCUUAUACAUUUCUUUCCAUGUGAGCUACUACAGAUUUUACUUCUUAAUACCACUGAAAUUAUUCAAGUAGAAUAAAACUACUUUCAGCUGUUUCUUUAUUAACAAGGGCUCACCACAUCAGCUGGCACUGCACAUUUGUAUUAGCAGUUUUUGUAGAGCUUUUUCACUUGUUGGAUCAAUAUGUAAACCACUACACUAUGGAGCUGUAAAAUACUCCAACAGAAUAGUAAAAAGAAAAUCCCUCUUUAUAUUUGACAUGAGGAUUCAGAGCUCAAAUACUAGCAUUCCUGUACUUUUUAAACAUUUUUUUCCUUUCACUUUUACUAUAGCUGAGAGACAGCAGGAAUAUAAAAGAUAGGAAAUCUUGGGGAGAAGGAAAAUAACAUUCAACAAAGUUGCUGUCUGAUUUCCUCUUUCAUACAUGAACGUAAAGCAUUUACUGUGAUGUCUCACCAUGAUGUACUUACAUCGUUUGAAGCACAUGACAGUCAACUCAAAAUCUAGCAAAGGAGCUGGCUAGUUGAUUUUUUUUUUAUGGAAAUAUAUAUCCUAUUUAUUACAAAUAAAGAUCCUCAUACAGAACAUCUGUCUUUGUCUCUCUGCUCAUACUGUGCCUCAGUGUCUGAAUGUAUAACUUAAGCAUGCCACCUGUCCUCAACAAAUAAGUCUGUUUCUUGUUAAACUACAAAAAAAAGGUGUUUGAAUUAAACUAUCCUGCUAAUUCGCACACAUUUAUAUUAAAUACUGAAAUGUUUGAAAUAAUUGUCAUGUUGUAAGUUUGCAUUUAAGAUGCAGUAGCCUGGCACAAAGACACAAAACACUCCAGGCUUUGUCCACAAUGAAAAAGAAAACCUAUCACUUCCACUUCUUUGAGUAAUUCAUGUGCAAUCAAAAAAAAAAAAAAAAA